CCGGGGUUCAUCGCCGCCGGGAUCGUCGUCGCAGGAGGCUGCAGAAGUUCUCUUCUCCAAUUGAAAAAACCGUUGCACGCCUCCUCCCCUCCCAACCAACCUAGAGUUUCCAGCGGCAUUUGAGUUUAUUUGGUGGGUUUUUGGUUCUGAUGGUUUUCUCAAGGCAUAGACAUCGCAGGAUGUCCAUUUAUUAAUGCCCUUAAAGCAAUCAAAGAUCAUCCUUUUACUUGGUCCCAAAUGGCUACCGAAACCCUAACCCUAGCUCCAGCUUUCAUUCUCUUCCCAAUCUUAAAACCCCCUCAUAGACCCCUAAUCUUCCACCAAGUUCUAGUCUUGAUCAUCACCUUCUUAGCUUAUGCCUCUUUCCACGCUUCUCGGAAGCCCCCAAGCAUCGUCAAGAGUGUGCUUGGACCCUCGGUUGGAUCCAAUUUAUCAAUGGCUGACUCAAAUUUGGAUCCGGCUCAAUCAAACUUGAGCCCCAAAGAUACUGGAUGGGUGCCGUUUAACGGAUCAGAUGGUACCCACCGGCUUGGUGAGCUUGAUCUUGCAUUUCUGUCCUCCUAUGCGAUAGGGAUGUAUUUUGCGGGACAUUUUGGUGAUAGAAUUGAUUUGAGGUUGUUUCUUGUUUUUGGUAUGAUGGGUAGUGGUCUUCUGACAAUAAUUUUUGGGUUAGGAUACUGGUUUGAUGUACAUUCUCUAGGUUAUUUUAUGGGUGUUCAAGUUGUUUGUGGCUUGUUUCAGUCUAUAGGUUGGCCAUGUGUAGUUGCGAUUGUAGGGAAUUGGUUUGGGAAAGAUAAAAGAGGUCUGAUCAUGGGGGUGUGGAACUCUCAUACAUCUGUCGGGAAUAUUGUUGGAUCAGUUAUAGCUUCUGGAGUGUUGGAGAUUGGGUGGGGUUGGUCAUUUGUGGUGCCUGGGGUUUUGGUUAUUGUGGUGGGGAUUAUUGUGUUUUCCUUUCUUGUUGUGCAUCCUCAAGAUUUGGGAUUUGAACAUCCUGGAAAGGAGAUUGAGAUGAAUGUGGAAGAGGAAAAUGCAGAGAAUUUGGAAAAAGAAGAGUUAGAGCAAAAAGGGCUGCUAGAGAAGGAGAAUCUGGAUUCAGAGCCUCAAGCUGCCAUUGGGUUCUUGGAGGCAUGGAAGUUGCCUGGGGUGGCACCAUUUUCAUUCUGCCUGUUUUUCUCAAAGCUUGUGGCUUACACUUUUCUCUACUGGUUACCCUUCUAUAUAAGGCACACAGCUGUCGCUGGAGUCCAUUUGUCACAUAAAACUGCUGGAAUCCUAUCUACAAUAUUUGAUGUUGGAGGAGUCUUUGGGGGGAUAUCAGCUGGUUUUGUUUCUGAUAUCAUUGCAGCUCGUGCUGUGACUUCAAUUGCAUUUUUGUUACUCUCAAUUCCAACUUUAAUUUUGUACCGUGCAUACGGAAGCAUCUCUAUGAUCACCAACAUUUCCUUGAUGUUUCUUUCUGGGUUUCUAGUAAAUGGCCCAUACGCACUUAUUACAACUGCUGUUGCUGCUGACCUUGGUACUCAGGACUUGAUUAAAGGAAACUCUCGUGCGUUAGCUACGGUGACUGCUAUAAUAGAUGGUACUGGCUCUGUUGGGGCAGCUAUUGGCCCACUUUUGGCCGGGUAUGUAUCUACUAGGGGUUGGAACAGUGUAUUUUUCAUGCUUAUUUUGGCUAUAUUCUUUGCUGGUCUCUUCUUGAUUCGUGUUGCAAAAAGUGAGAUUGAAGAGAAGCUGAAUAAGGGGGAAGGGUUUUGGCGCAGUGUGACCACAAAUUGAUGUAGACUUUUUGAUGUAAAAACUAUAUUUGCCUCAUUUUGUAUUCAUAGAAGUGUGUUAUUUAGGGGGCAUGCACAUAUAUGUGCAUGACAUAGCUUAUUCUUUGUACACCUCAAAUGGAUUCUUGCCUAUACGUACCAGAAUUGAUUCAUAAUAACAGAGUAAAAUUCAU